CUUUCGCGUCAUCUUGUGGCAUUCCGUUUGUUAUUUACUGGUUGUCAAGGAUACCAAAUUACUCUCUCGCUGCAUACAGAAAACGUCAUUUUCAUUUUCAGUUGAAAUGGAUGAGAUUGGGAGUCUAGAAGUCAGGUGGGCACAGGGUUUUGCAAAGCAAAGAGUGGUGUUUAUUGACACGAUAACAGCAUGUUAUACGUGUGGAAACCACAUAGUUUUCCUUAACAUUGACUCCAAAAAGAGAACUGUCCUCCAAAGCCCUGGCAAAGGCAUCGGUGCAUUCACAGCCAGUGGGACUUCUAGGGUUUUGGCUGUCUCUGAGCAGAGGCUGAACCCUUCAAUAUUCGUGCUCAGCUAUCCUGAACUCAAGUUAAAACAUGAGCUGAAAGGCACAGCAACGCUUGACUAUACUUCUCUGGCGUUGAGCGAUGUCGGUCCAUACUUAUGCUGCUAUUCCUCUCUGCCAGAUCAUACCAUCACAGUGUGGAACUGGGAAAACGCAGAGAUAAUCUGUACUCAACCACAAGCUGGAAAAUAUGUAAUUUCUUUGGUUUUCAACCCAAUGAAUUGGCAGCAGAUAUGUGCUCUGGGUUCAAAAACCCUCACAGUGUGGAACAUCGAGAAGAGCGAUACACAUCACAUCCUGAUGAAAAGAGAACUUCAUCUCCCAGCAGCCGAUGGCUCCCUGAUCGAGAGAGAAGGCCCGCCCUCACACAUUGUGAACGGCAGGCUCACCUACUGGGGCCCUCAGAUGCCAGAGUCUGCUAUAGCCGGCCUAAAAGGAGUCAGGGCAGACGGCUUUCUGGAGCGUAGGACCCCCAGAAUGACCCCACUGGCCGCAUGCUGGACCCCCGCCGCUGAGCUCUACGUAGGCUGUCAGGAGGGGUACUUGCUGCUGGCCGACCCGGACGCCCCUUCUGUCCGCAUCCUGUACAACCCCACAGCUCCUGAUGCAAACCCUGAACUCAAAGAUGGUGGGUUCCAGAGUUUGGCUCUUCACAGUGAUGGCUUGUAUGUUGCAGGAAAGGAUCGUCUCCUGCACUGCUUGAAGGUAAACGGGACCAGAGUUGAGAUCUCCCAGACGCUUGAAGUGGAGGAGGCCAUCAGGACCGUUGUCUUUUCCCCUGACUACAAUUCCUUACUAUUGGUCUCAAGCUCGGGGCAGAUCUACAGACACCAACCGCACAAGCCUGGUUCGAUGGAAAACAUCCUGGAUGUCCUCACUGGAGGCUUUGUAGCUGCAGCUUCCAUGGGCCAGGAUACGUUUGUGUCAGUGAGGGAGUGUGGUGAACUGCAGCAGUGGUCCUCUGAGGGCGAUCUGACAGGGUCACUAUCCCUUCGAACCCAGGUCUCCUGUCUAGCCUGUUGUCCUGCUUCCCACUACGCUGCGAUUGGAACCCUCUCAGGCCACCUGUUGUUUGUUGAUCUGAGCAGCGCGGGGCGACCGCGCCUCGUCCUAAAGAUCCAUCUGUACCGCAGGCCCGUGGACUGCCUGGUUUUUGACGAAGGAGGAAACAUUCUUGUCUGUGCGUCCGAUUCCCACAUCUUCCUACUGGACGCCAAACCGUCGAAAACAUUUGCGGUCAUAGGAUACACAGUCGCUCCCGGCAGGCCCGUUCUAUCCCUGUCCACCCAACGCAAGAGAGGUUCUGAGCGGGUGCAGGUUCUAGCGCUGUGCCCCGGACCCAAGGACCCCAAGAACGGAGGGGGAGGAGGAGGAGGAGGAGGAGGAGGAGGAGGAGGAGGAGGAGGAGGAGGAGGAGGAGGAGGAGGAGGAAGUCUUUUCCACCUGCUCUCUCUCUCUCUGAAGGAGCUUUCAGGUCCAAGUUGCGCGGACGCACACGGCCGUCUAUCGGCAAACACUUUCCAGGCGAGCACGUAUGAGGCGCCACGUGCACUCCAGUCAUGCGUGCUGGGCGUCGGGGAGAUCUUUGCGUGCUGCGAGGAGCUCAAGUCUUUGCAGAGAUUUAAAGUGCCCCAGGAUGCAGGCGGCGUUCCCGGGCCAACGGUGUGCCAGCUGGGGCCGGAGGAGGAAGUGGAGGGUCAUCCUCUGGGGCCCAGCCUCCUGGCCCUGUCCCCUCAUGGCUCCUGGCUGGCGUCGGUGGGAAGGGACGGCCUGCUGCGACUGCGCACCACCGCCGCUCUGGAUAGGUACGCUGAGAUAGAGUGUCACUCGUGUCGCCUGGGAGGCGCUGGUGGCCUCUCCUUCUCUGCCGACGGCCAGACGCUAGUCACUGCAGGCUUGGGGGACGGUUCCCUUGUCUGCACUAGGCUGAGAACUGAAACGUCUGGCAGCUUAGAGGCCGGAGAAGCCACAUAUUACUGCCAAAGUGCCGCUCGGCAAUUGGAGAACGUCCUGAAAGUAGAGAAUGCCGCGCUGGGGGCCAUGACUGAGGGCCCCCAAGGGUCCUUGCCUCCUUUAGGCUCCCCACGCCCAGGGACAGAGGAGGUCAGUGAGGUCAGUGGCGCCACGGAGAUGUCACCAGAGCUGGACGAGGGGGACCCCAAUUUGACCUCCGACCCCACCUGGCUGGAAACCAGAGAAGAGGCGGUUUUGGAGGCGGAGCAGCAACGGUAUUCCGAGAAAAAGGAAGAAAUAAGAAAAGGCAUAAAACAAUUGCUUGACACUAGUGGGGAGAGGAUGCGGGCGAACGAGGAGCUCCCAGAUAUCUGGCGUCUGGACGGGCACGAGUUCAACUUGGACGUGGGCGAGCAGAGGAGGUUAGAGGUCGACGGAGAGCGGGAGGUCGCCACGGUGAGGGAAGAGAUAGAGAUGGGGAACCUGGCCAAAAGCUACCUGCGUGAACUCCUCAAAAGAGACUGCUGGGACUCCAUGAAGGUGAAAGGAAAGGCCAUCAAGGGCUUCCAUUCUGACCUUGAAGUGAAGAACUAUCCGAUGAAGGAGCGAACAGAGAAAGAACUGGACGAUCUCCUCAGGGUGGAAAGUAUCAGAGCCAUAGAGACGGCCAACCGCAUUACCCAGCAGGACGUCCCGCACAGGAGGCCCAGCGGAGGAGAGGAGGGAGAGGAGGGAGAGGAGGGAGAGGGGGGGGGAUCCGACGUCCAGGCCGCAGCUCUGACCGGGAGUUUCGCGGGCCAGCUCGGCUGCUCGAACCCCCACCUCUACGAUCAGUUCAACCUGCACGUCACAGAGCAGAAGAUCAACCAGAUAACUCUGCUCCAGGAUGUGAUCUGCAAAGUCAAGAAGGCGUUCAACGGCGAGUUUGACGGCGUGCGCAAGCAAAAGGAGCAGGAGAUGAGCCGUGUCCGGGAGAAGAACUGGCGCAUGGCGGAGAUCAUGGGGGAUUUGGAGGCCAACCGGGAGCUGUGGGAGCCAACCCUUGGGGACAGCGAGCAGCCAGAGAGGGCCCUCACUGUGGAGGACUCAGAGAUAACAGUAGAAAAGUACCUCACCCCGCAGCAAAAGAAGAUUGAGGAGGAGAAGAAAAAACUGGAGGAACAAAUGCUUUUGGCUGCCAAGGGAGAUAACUCCAGAGACAGAGCGCUGGGGGACAUGAUGGGAGGGGCCAUUCAAGUCAAGAAAGAAGACAUCUUGAAGAAGGAAGUUAUUCAGCCUGAGUUUGCUGUGAGCAAACCGGAGCUGCAGUGGAGCGACGAGGAGAAGAAGAUCUACAAAGACUAUGAGAAGAAGGCCAAGGAUCUCAGUGAGGAGCAGGACAAAUACAAGAAGACACUGGAAAGUGAAAUGAAAAAAAUGCAGGCGUCCAUAUUGGAGUCAACACAAGGGUUUGAUGAAGUCUUGGCCAAACUGUUCGAGAGGAAAUUGAAAUCAGAGACGGUUAUAUACCAGGAGGAGCUGAAGAUAGCCCACCUGGUGUACUCCAUGUUGAUAGAGGAGGAGAUAAGGAACCGGGAGAGAGAGCUGGUGCUCAGCAUGGAGAGGAGGAGGGCAGACAAGAACGCAAUCGUGGAGGAACUGAGGAAUGUGAGCGAGGGUGUGGAGCUCUGUCGAAAGGCCUAUGACAACGUGGUGGCUGAGGACAGACUUCUGGACAAAGGGUUUAGGAAGCAGUUCUUCGAUGUUCAAGCACAUGUUGUGGAUCAUCUCUAUAAGCUGUUCAAGCACAGACCAAGAGUCCAGAGGAUGAGGGACCAAGCGGACAACAAGCCUUUUAAGAAGCGCUUCUCGCUGGGCGGGGCGGCCAGCGACGGCCUGGGCCAGAUGCUGCAGGCCAUGGAGGAGCUGGACUCCCCGGAGAACACCCCCGCAGGCCUGGAGCCGAGCGUCUGGGAGCGCUUCUGUCUGGUCCGCAGGGCCAAGGUGGAGGGCGAACAACAGGUGAAGGUGAAGGCCCUGACCCUGGCCGAGAUGCAGGCCUUUCUCCAGAAGCGGACUGAUGAAGAAGAGACAGCAAAACAUGAGAUCAAAACUCUCAAGGAUGAAAUCAACGGCCUGCGGGAGCAGAAGGUGCGCUUCCAGCUGGACCUCCUGGUGCAGGUGCUGCUGCGGCAGGGCCAGGUGGAGGUGGAGGUCAGCCCUGCCCUCGGCAUCCCCGACCACAGGGACUCUGUGAUGCACCACCGCAGCGUGGUGGAGGACCUCAGCGCCAACAUCAAGACGCUGGGGGGGCAGAAGAUCGCCACCAUGGUGGAGUGCAAGGACUUCCGGAAGGGCAUCAUCCAGCUGGAGUGGGAGCAGCGGAGGAUCCAGAUGCAGACGGAGCACUACGAUAUGCAGACCAGGGACAUCCAGAAGCUGCACCUGUCCAAGGAACAGCAGGAGUAUUUAAACCAGAUGGAUCUUGAAAUGGUGGACCAGGGUUCUAGUCUGGAGAAGCACACCGCCUUUGAUGACAAGAGUCCUCAGGAGAAGAUCAGACAGGUGUCCAUGCGGGCAGCGAUCAAAGCGGAGCAGAUUGCUGUGUUGGACCAGGAGUUGGCAGAGAUGGAGGUGGCUGUAUCUGAGAGGAGCCAUAUUUAUGACUCCACAGCCGUGGAGGCCGACCAGGGCGUGGAGCGGGAGGCAGAGCUCUACCAAGAGAUCGUUCAGCUGAAGAACUUGAAGCACCUUGCCAGAACCCAGGCCCAGGAACUGGCCCUGCUUCGGGAACAGCUGGAGGUCUCCAGGAUGAAGAACUUUCCCACGCUCAAUUAGUUUCAGAACACACACAAUGAAAACACAGGAUGCAUGACACAUGGUAGAAUUGGGAAAAUAAUUUAUUAAUACAGACAAAACGAAACAGUUAAAGCAACCGGUUCCCGAAACUGUCAAGUUGUAUUGGUUUGGAUUUUAAUAAUAAAUAUAUAUAAGCAUG